AUGUCUCCUGUCCGGACUCUCGAAAAUGCUGAUAAAGACUACACCUAUAUCAUCUGCGGAGGCGGCACCUCAGGGUGUGUAAUUGCUGGUCGGCUGGCCGAGGCUUUCCCCAGACCCUCGGACGUCUCGAUCCUGAUCAUCGAAGCUGGCCCGGACUCGGCAGGCCAUCCGCUCAUUACCAUGGUCGGCGGCCUCUUCCAAGCUAUGGGUGGUGACCUGGACUGGGGCCUGGAGACAGUCCCGCAGGCGAAUCUCGAUAACCGCGUGCUGCAGCUCAACCGCGGGAAAUUCCUGGGUGGCAGCAGCGGCUUCAAUGGGACAUUGUGCAUCCGCGGGUGCAAGGCCGACUACGAUGAGUGGGAGCUCGAGGGCUGGAGUGGAGAUGAAAUGUUCCGGUACAUGAAAAAGGCAGAGACGUUCCAUGGCAAAGACUGGUUUAAAGCCGCAGAGGGAUACCAUGGGAUGGAUGGGCCCUUGCACGUUGAACCGCAUGAUACGGCACCUAUUUCCAAGCACGUUUUCGAAUCCUUACAGGACAAGGGCCUGCCACUGGUGGAUGACCUGUUCACCACGGGCCAAGCAGCACAUGGGUGCGGCCAUGUUCCUCGAACGGUGCAUGACGGCGUUAGAACGUUUAGUACCGACUACUUGAAAGGCCAUGAGGACCGAGUGGAUAUCGUGGUGAACACUGUCGUCGACAAGAUUGUCCUCGAGCGUGUCGAAGGCGAUGUUGUGGCAACGGGCGUUGAGGUUGUCGACAAUUCUGGAAAGAGGAGGAUGUUGAAAGCUGGCAAGCAAGUCAUAUUGUCUGCAGGCGCGUACUGCUCGCCCACCAUCCUUCUUCGCUCUGGCGUCGGGCCGAAAGAGGAGCUCGCUCAGUUCAACAUCGACUGUGUGGUCGAGUCUUCCGGCGUCGUCUUUGUCCCAUACGAAGUCACGCAGCCGAAUCUCACCAACGACCGACACAUCCACCACACCAAUGGCGCCGCAAAUUCGCUGUCCACGUACCAGACCUCGCGAUCCGGCUUCUUUUCCACCUUCCCGUUCGGAGUCUUCGCCUUAGCGCGACUUGAUGACGGCUUGAACUCGUCCGCCCUGUGGCGGGACCGUUCGGCCACCACGGCUGGGACUGGACGAGACGCUGCCAACCUCACGCCCCAGCAAGCCCACGUCGAAUACAUGCACACGGAGUUGUAUUCGGGCCAUGUCCACGGCUACCCGAUCCCCUUGGAGGGGAAGCACGGCUUCGAGAUGAUGACACUGCUAUUCAGCCAGCAAAGUAGGGGCACGGUAUCCCUCCGCUCGACAGACCCGCACGAUAAGCCCGUCAUCGACCCUCGCUACUUGUCUGACCCCCUCGAUCUUCUCAUGCUGACCGAAGGCGUUCGCUUCGCACACUCGAUCGUGACAUCCGGCUCCGGCACCAAGGACAUCGUUGCCCCAGGCGUGUGGCUGGCCGGUCCCAAGUACGCGGCCCUGGGCCCCGUCACGACUAGGGAGGAUUGGGAGCCGUAUGUGCGGCAGUACAGCGCGACGGCGCACCACCCCGCGGGCACGUGCCGAAUGGGGAAGGACGGCGAUGCGACGGCGGUCGUGGACGAGAAGCUACGAGUCAGAGGUGUCAAGGGGUUGAUGGUGGCGGAUUGCAGCAUCAUGCCGAGUCUGAACGGCGGACACACCCAGAUGCCGGCGUACGCAAUUGGUGAGAAGGCUGCAGAGUUGCUUCUCGAGGCGUCUGGGACAAAGGUGUAG